GUAAGCUGGCGCCUCUAUGUGCAUGCUGCACAAACUACGUAUAAAAUAGAGUCCAAUAAAGUCAGAUUGUCGAACACCACAUGUUGAGUAGUGUUAUACGGUUACAAAAGUGUAAUUAUUGAAAAUUUAAUUGUUCUUAUAAAUUUUCGUGAGAAAACAGUAUACUACGACGGACAUGACGGGAAUAAAAGGAAAGGGAAAAAAAGAUCUCUUGAAAACGAAGAAAAUUUUGCAUCCGAAUAGUCGAAAAAUAAAUGCAAUUGUUAAACGGAGUCAUAAAUCAGCAAAUAAACAAAAAUCUAAACUGUUGAAUACGAUAAAACAUCAAUUAGUAGGAGAAAAAUUAAUGUGGUUUAAACAAAAUAUGUUUCCAGACGAAUGUCAAUGGAGUGAAUUUGAUUUAGCGGAUUUACUUAUAAAAUAUAUUGGAAGGAACGAUGAGGAAUUGGAGCAAAUUGAAAUAAAGCGUUCUAUAGGAAGAAGAGGAAGGCAACAUGCUAGUAGAGAAGAUGUAAUAUUGAUGACCAAAAAGGAGGAGCAGACACAGUUUGAUACCUGUGGAAUCGAAAUUCCAAACCUUUUUAAUCGAAAGCAACGCGAAAUGUUAAGAGACUGGGACGGUGAUUUAAAACUUUUACCUAAUUUUAAAUUUCGAAGAUUUGGGAGGAAGCAUUUGACAGAUGCAGUGAAUAGAGAAAUGCAAAGAAUAGAGAAAGACGGAUAACUCGCUAUCAAGUAAUGCAUUAUAACAUAUUGAAAAUGGCGAAAACGCUACAACUCUGUUGUAGAAAAUAAAGAAUAAAAUGAGAUUACUUGUAUAAAAAUGCUAUUAAAUAUUCAAAUUAUUAUAAAAUAAAUUAUAGUUUUAUAA